GAAAAGCUACAUAAUUUAAUUGAUAAUUGCUUCCUCGAGAUAUUUAGGGAGUAAUUGUACCUUUUCCUGAGGAUUUAAAUUUUCAACAUCAGAUUCUCAACUUUUCUUUCGCUCUCUCACCACUCUAAGCCUCAUCUCUUCCCAACCAAAGUUCUUCAAACUUGGGCGGGAAGGUACUGACGAGCAUUUGAGCUUAGCCACAAAGUUGGCAUUUACCCCCCGAAUAACUUGCUCGUUGGCACACAACUCGACACUGUGACCGACGCAGCAGAAAAUUGAGCUGGAGAUAGAAGAAAAGUGUCGAUAAUGACAGACCCCGUUGAGUCAACUCACAAACGCAGUAAAUCAUCUGCCUUAUCUCUGCUGCGCAGCAGGAGAGAGGGGAAGGAUGACGAGAAUGUAGAAUAUCAAGCCCCGACGUCGCCUGCGACCACGGCACACUCACCCACGUUUCCAGCUGCACCGUUUCAGCCCACUGUCGGACAUUCUUCGAAGAAAUCGACCAGUGCAACAGGACUCAUGAGAUCAGUUUCUAGCGUCCAUCCGCGGACCACGGCUACUUUAUCACCCGACAAGACGAUGUCCAUCGAGCAGACUGUUCGAAAGUUCAAGAUAUUUGAGGCAUUGAAGAACGGAGAUACAGCAGCAAUCUCAAAGGCAAUCCGUGAGUCUGAUGGUAGUCGCAUGAGCAUCUCUAGCUUCGCAACCGUUUCAACCAAUUUGGAAGAUACCACCAUCCUGCACUUAGCUAUUCAAUGUGCUGAACAACAAGUAAUCGAGUAUGUGUUAUCUGAUGGAGCGGGAACAAUCGAUGUCAAUGCAAAAGAUCGUGAUGGGAAUACAGCUCUUCACCUUGCUGCAAGCUUAGGUCGUGGUCCUAUUGUACGCUUGCUUCUUGGGCAGCCCGGUAUCAAUGAUUCUUUACCAAAUUAUGCGGGCCGCCUACCUCUCGACCUUGCUCGAACACCCGAUAUUUUCCAGCAACUACAGCUCUCUCGUUCCAUGUUUGUGGAUGCUAAGAUAAAGCAAAUACAUGAACUGGUUGCGUACGGAGACUAUAAAACAUUGGGCGAAAUUUUGGAGGAACCUCGAGUCAAAACAGUCUUGGAUAUCAAUGGCGGAGAGUUCACUUCAGACCCAAUCACGGUACAAGCUGGUGGCACUUUACUCCAUGAAGCUUCCAGAAAAAAGAAUAUUGAACUCAUACAAGUGUUGCUGUUACAUGGUGCUGAUCCGUUCCGUCGCGACCGAAAAGGAAAACUACCGCAAGAUUAUACAAAAGAUGAUGCGACCAAAGCUAUGUUAAAGAAGUCUCCUGCUGCAGUUGCCGCUCAACGAGGAAUCCAAGAGAAAGCUGUUCUCGGGAAUGUAUCUCAACAAGGAGCAGUCAAUGCCAACCCGUCAGAUGCACUAGCUGGAAAGGAGGGCCGAGAAAUGCAAGGUUAUCUAAAAAAGUGGACAAAUUAUCGCAAAGGUUAUCAAUUACGUUGGUUCACCUUGGAAGACGGCAUCCUAAGUUAUUCCAAACACCAGGACGAUGCCGGAUCUGCUUGUCGAGGUGCAAUUAAUAUGCGUAUCGCAAAACUCAACAUGGAUCCCACAGAAAAGACCAAGUUCGAAAUUAUUGGAAAAUCAUCCGUUAAAUACCAUCUCAAAGCGAACCAUGAAGUUGAAGCUAAAAGGUGGUUUUGGGCGCUGAAUAAUUCUAUUCAAUGGACUAAGGAUCAAGCCAAGGAAGAGGAAAAACAAGAGGCCAAGAGAUUAGAACUGUUACAGCAAGCAAAAGAGCAAUCUGGUAGUGGAUCCAAGGAAACAUUUGACAGCAAUGGUCUCAACGAGCCAUCUCUUGCCUAUACGGAAUCGCGCCGUGAGAGCAUUCAAGGUAGCAGGCUUAUGCCACAGAAUAGCCUAAGCAGGAUUGCAAGUCCAAGAGUCGCAUUUACCAGCACUGCUGGUAGUAUUGGCGAUGAAGAAGAAACUAACUAUGGAUCAUACAACGCAAGCUUCAUUGGCGAAGGAAGCAGAAUACCAAGUCAUAUUGGAACUGGACCUGUGAAUGGAGAUGAUGAUGAUGAUGAAUAUGGAGAUGGCUCUAGUGAACACGAAAUGCCGGCAGGUAAGGAUGCUUUUGAAAUAACGGCUCAAUCUGCUCGACUACAACUCGAACUCAUGGGACAAGUCAACGCCGCUUUACAAGUAGAGCAAUCCAGAAAUCCAAAUCUCGUCAUUUCUGACCCAGUUGCGAACCAAGCAACCGCCACAUAUGAUUCGGCCAUUCGUAAUCUCAAGGGUCUUGUUGGCGAUCUUUUGAAAAUUUCCAAAGAUAGAGAUGCAUAUUGGCAACACCGUCUUGAUCGGGAAGAGCAUAUGCGAAGGAUGUGGGAAGAAAGCAUGGCUCAAGUAGCUCGUGAACAGGAUGAAUUAAUGGCUCGUAUGGGCGAAUCGGAGGAGAAGAGAAAGAUUACAAAACGAGCACUUCGUGAAGUCACUCGGUCGGCAUCUAGACCGGCUAGUAGAGGUGAAUUGGCAGCAAAAGCUGAGAUAGUUGAGGCUCUUGAUGAUGUUUCUCUCAAUGAUGACGGGACCGCUCCUUUGAGACACGUACCGACUAGCAAAAGCUCAUUGCGACAGAAAUCGAAUGCUGAAGAUAUCCCUGAUAUGUCUGAUUCAGACUCAGACGAAGAUGACGAAUUCUUCGACGCCGUUGAUGCCGGACAAGUCGAAAUAGUCAAAGCUUUACCACUUUCGAGCCCUGUCGUAGGUGUAACUGAAGAGGUAGAGGAGGAUGAACAUGUGAAAGUUGAUGGGCUAGACAUCAGUUCUGCCUUUAAGGGAUACGAAAAUGGCAUAAGAACUCGUCUAAAGAUGGAUGCUGAUGAUCGUCCAAAGAUUUCUCUAUGGGGUAUUCUUAAAUCUAUGAUUGGCAAGGACAUGACUAAAAUGACACUUCCUGUGUCUUUCAACGAACCGACGUCAUUACUGUAUCGAUGUGGUGAAGAUAUGGAAUAUGCAGAUCUUUUAGAUAUUGCAGCAGACCGAGCAGACUCAAUCGAGCGCAUGGUGUAUGUUGCAGCUUUCGCCUCGAGUGAGUAUGCAUCGACGAUUGACAGAGUUGCAAAACCUUUCAAUCCCCUUCUUGGCGAAACUUUUGAAUAUGUUCGUCCUGAUAAGAACUAUCGCUUCUUCAUCGAGCAAGUCAGUCAUCAUCCACCAGUUGGUGCUGCUUGGGCUGAGUCUCCUAAAUGGACCUAUUAUGGGGAAUCAGCUGUGAAGUCUAAAUUUUAUGGAAAGUCUUUCGAUAUUAACCCCCUCGGUACUUGGUUUCUUAAACUUCGUCCCACACCUGGAGGACCAGAAGAGUUGUACACCUGGAAAAAGGUCACAUCUUCCGUCGUUGGAAUCAUCACUGGUAACCCUGUGGUCGACAAUUAUGGGCCAAUGGAAAUCAAGAAUUGGACAACAGGUGAAGUUUGCAAAGUCGAGUUUAAGGCUCGAGGUUGGUCAGCUUCUAGUGCUUAUCAUAUUACUGGGAGAGUCAACGAUGCAAACGGACAGACUCGUUUCAGUCUUGGUGGCCGCUGGAACAGUAAAAUUUAUGCUCGUUUCACGCCUGGUUACGAGGCAACUGUCGAGGAGCCUAAGUCCGGUUCUUCUCACCGUAGAGGCAGUGUCAAUGACCCAAGCCAAGCAUUUUUAGUCUGGGAAGCUAAUCCACGCCCAGCUGGUAUCCCAUUCAAUCUGACUCCUUUCGUCCUCACAUUCAAUGACAUCAACGACAACCUUCGCCCUUGGUUGCCACCAACAGAUUCUCGAUUGAGACCUGAUCAGCGUGCCAUGGAAGAUGGCGAGUACGAUUUAGCUGCUACUGAGAAGAAUCGCCUUGAACAAAAACAACGUGCUAGACGACGUGAACGUGAACAGCUUGGUGAAGAGUUUGUUCCUAAAUGGUUCGAGAAAUCGAAAUGCCCAAUCACUGGAGAGGAAUACUGGGCUUUUAACGACAAAUAUUGGAACGAACGAGAGAAGGCUGCCACUGGAGAGGCAUGGACAGGUGUCGAAGAUAUUUUUAAUGAUGUAACUGAGGACGAGUGAACAUGCUUAGAUGAGGAGAUAGAGAAGGGUGUAGGAUAUCUAAAUGUAAAGUAUAAAUCUUUUUUCAUAGCUUUUGUUUUUGGCGAUGAACUGGGCGGUUUACCAUGAGACGCAACGAUACACAAGAAAACACGUACAUAAAUACCUAGCAGUUAGCGGGCUGUCAGCCAAUCAGUUAGUCAUACAUAAUACAUAUCAUUCAAAUCA